GCGGCCGCUCCCGCGUGGUCUCCCUGCGGACGGCGCGAGCCCAGAGCGGAGCCGCGGCUAGUAGCGAAGCCAGCAGGUGCGGUGCUGGAGGCGACCCACCCGGCCAACCGCCGCCUCUGUGCCCGCGGGGUGAGCUCGCGAUGGGAGGCGCAGCCCGCGAGCGCGGGAGGAAGGACGCGGCGCUGCCGGGGGCCGGGCUCCCGCCGCAGCAGCGGAGGUUGGGGGAUGGUGUCUAUGAUACCUUCAUGAUGAUAGAUGAGACCAGGUGCCCGCCCUGUUCAAACACGCUUUGCAAUCCCUCUGAAGCCCUUGUGUCCAGAAGGCUAAAUAUUACCGCUGAGCCGUUCACGAGGGGCCACACUCAGCACUUUGUGAAUGGAAGUGAGAUGAAGGUGGAGCAGCUGUUUCAAGAAUUUGGCAACAGAAGAUCCAAUACUCUCCAGUCAGACAGCAUCAGCAACUCUGAAAAGUCCUCUCCUGCUUCUCAGGGGAAAAGUUCAGAAAGCCUGAAUACAGUGAAAUGCAGCCUCUCAUCCCGAUCAUCUAAGGUGCUGCCUCUGACUCCCGAGCAAGCUCUGAAGCAGUAUAAACACCACCUCACUGCCUACGAGAAGAUGGAGAUCACCAGCUACCCAGAAAUCUACUUUGUGGGUCCAAAUGCCAAGAAACGACAAGGAGUUAUUGGUGGUCCCAAUAACGGGGGAUACGACGAUGCAGAUGGGGCCUAUAUUCACGUGCCUCGGGACCAUCUGGCUUACCGCUACGAGGUGCUGAAAAUUAUCGGAAAGGGGAGUUUUGGACAGGUCGCCCGGGUCUAUGAUCACAAACUUCGACAGUACGUGGCGCUAAAAAUGGUGCGUAACGAGAAACGCUUCCAUCGCCAGGCAGCGGAGGAGAUCCGGAUUUUGGAGCAUCUCAAAAAGCAAGAUAAAACUGGCAGCAUGAAUGUUAUCCACAUGCUAGAAAGUUUCACCUUCCGGAACCACGUGUGCAUGGCCUUUGAAUUGCUGAGCAUAGACCUGUAUGAACUCAUUAAGAAGAACAAGUUUCAGGGUUUCAGCGUCCAGUUGGUUCGAAAGUUCGCCCAGUCCAUCCUGCAGUCCUUAGAUGCUCUUCACAAAAAUAAGAUCAUUCACUGUGACCUGAAGCCAGAAAACAUUCUCCUGAAACAUCAUGGCCGAAGUGCAACCAAGGUCAUCGACUUUGGGUCCAGCUGCUUCGAGUAUCAGAAGCUUUACACGUAUAUCCAGUCUCGUUUCUACAGAGCCCCAGAGAUCAUCCUGGGGUGCCGCUACAGCACCCCCAUCGACAUAUGGAGCUUUGGUUGCAUCCUUGCUGAACUUUUGACAGGACAGCCCCUGUUCCCUGGAGAGGAUGAAGGAGACCAGUUGGCCUGCAUGAUGGAGUUGCUAGGAAUGCCACCACAGAAACUUCUGGAGCAGUCCAAACGUGCCAAGUACUUUAUUAACUCCAGAGGCUUGCCUCGCUACUGCUCCGUAACUACCCAGACGGACGGGAGGGUGGUGCUUCUCGGAGGUCGCUCACGCAGGGGUAAAAAGCGAGGCCCGCCAGGCAGCAAAGACUGGGCCACUGCACUGAAGGGGUGUGACGACUACUUGUUCAUAGAGUUUCUGAAAAGAUGCCUUCAGUGGGACCCCUCUGCCCGCCUCACCCCAGCUCAAGCAUUAAGACAUCCGUGGAUUAGUAAGUCCACGCCCAGACCCCUCACCAUGGACAAGGUGUCAGGGAAACGGGUGGUUAAUCCUACAAAUUCUUUCCAGGGACUGGGUUCCAAGCUGCCUCCAGUCGUUGGAAUAGCCAGUAAGCUCAAAGCGAACCUAAUGUCCGAAACCAGUGGGAGUAUACCUCUGUGCAGUGUGUUGCCAAAGCUGAUUAGCUAAUGGACCACUCAGAGACUCAUACAUUUUUAAUUACCUUGCAAACAUGCAAAUGGAAAAAAAAAAUAAUUGGAGGCCAUUCACUCAUGGAUUUGUUUUUGUUAGACUUUUUUAACAAGGCAGAACAUUUUUAUAUGACUAUAAAAGAACGCUUCAAGGGCUAAUGUCUAACCAGCUUGUAUUGGCCAUCUGGAGUAUGCAUUAAAUGACUUUUUAAUAGGUCAGUGCAUAGUCGUCAUUCUCGUCAGAGGUGCUCCAACCCAUGUAUUACACUCUUGGUUUAAAUCUCUCUCAAGAUAGAAGAUAUUCUUUUUAUUAUGUUUUUAGUGUUUUUUUUUUUUUAAUUUUAUGUACAUUGAUGGUUUGCAUGUAUGCCCAUGUUAGGCCGUUAGGGUGUCAGAUCUUGGAGUUAUAGGCAGAUGUGAGCCCCCAUGUGGGUGCUGGGAAUUGAACCUGUGUCCUCUGGAAGGGCACUCAGAGCUCUUAACCACCGAGCCAUCUCUCCAGGUGCUAGGUAGAAGAUAUUCUAAAAAUAUAAGCUAUUUCUCUCCUCGUCUCCCUUAGCAUCUAUUCUGGAGGGUAUUGAGCUGUGGAAGGCAUGGAUGUAAGGCAAAGCUAGAAGUCUUAACCUUAACCCCAGCAAGCAAUUCUGCGGGCUCAUUCUAGGUGGGAAGACUCGCAGAGGAAUAUGGGGAGCUGUUUGGCACCUGGCACCUGCCGCUGGGGUUCAGCUUUUAGUUCUCUGGUUUCUGUGUUUAGGUCAUAGUGCUUUAUGGUUUCGUCUUUUAUUACUUUGCCUCUGAUUUAUAGCCUGGGACCUCAGCGGUUUACAGAUCUUACUCUUUACCAAAUAACCCUGUAGUUAACGCUGUUUUCAUAAAUUCCCUCCCAAAGGCCAGUGUGUUAAAGGCUCGCUGCCCAGCACUGUGGGGAAGUGCUGGGGUCUCCGAGGCUGUGAGCCUUGUGGAUGUUGGGCUGUUCAUUGAAGGUGCUUUUAAUGAGGCCCGUGGGGCCCUCGGUCUCAUUCUCUUCUUCUUUUAACUGCUAGCCAUCAAGUGAAGGGCUUUGCUCUGCCAAACACCUCAUUGUGGUAGGAUACCACAGACUUAGGCCAGCAGUGCUCUUCCGCCAACGGACUGAACCGUCUGAACACGAUAAAGCUUUCCCUUUACAAGUUCAUUACCUUGGGUAUUUGCUAACAGUAAUAAAGAGCUAACCCAUGUUGAUUUUAAAGCUAACGUAUGCACCCCUCCUCGGCCAACUCAAGAGAAGAUAACUUUAUGUCACAAAAGACCCAGGGCAUCAAAGGUAGCGUCAGCAUGAAAACCACCGUCCCUUCCUUGGUCAUCAGUGGCCAGACUACUAGCUGCAUUGUCACGGACUCCGGACUUUAUGAAGGUGGUCGCCGUCGGGUAACCUCCACUUGCACCUUAAUGUCCCACACUUAUGCUCUGAACGCCCCACCCUCGCUGGAUUCCAGGCAAACCCCCAUUAUAUGAAGAAAAGCACCCGAAAGUCCGGAAAUACAAUCAUCUGUUUUCCUAAUCAA